CCAUCGUGCAUCACCAUGGCGAGUUGCUCCUUCGCUCGAGACCAAGUGACAAGGAGACUGAGAACUGCAGCAGCGGCUACAGCUACAGCUCUAGCUGCAGUGGCGACCACCCCACUUCUUUCCUCGGGAACCCCAACCGCACUCAUUGGGACCGGGUCUUCUUGUCCGGGAGCCAUGUGGCUCUCCACGGCCACUGGCUCCCGGUCACACUCCGAGUCCGAUGAAGAGGACCUCCCCGUCGGCGAUGAAGUCUGCAAACGCGGCUACCUGCGGAAGCAGAAGCAUGGGCACAGGCGCUACUUCGUACUCAAACUAGAGACCGCCGACGCCCCAGCUCGGCUGGAAUACUACGAAAAUGCCAGGAAGUUCCGGCACAGUGUCCGCGCUGCGGCGGCUGCAGCAGCGGCGGCCGCCUCGGGCACCGCGGCUCCGGCUCUCAUCCCACCGCGGCGCGUGAUCACCCUGUACCAGUGCUUUUCGGUGAGCCAGCGAGCCGACGCAAGGUACCGACACCUCAUCGCUCUUUUCACCCAAGAUGAGUACUUCGCUAUGGUGGCCGAAAACGAGUCAGAGCAAGAGAGCUGGUACUUGCUGCUCAGCCGCCUCAUCCUCGAGAGCAAGCGCCGCCGCUGCGGCACACCCUGCGCACAGCUGGAGGGAGAGCCGGCCUCGCUGGGGGCGGUAGCGGCGGCGGAGCCACCCUUCUACAAAGAUGUGUGGCAGGUAGUAGUCAAACCCAGGGGGCUGGGGCAUAGAAAAGAGCUGAGCGGCGUGUUCCGGCUCUGUCUUACCGACGAGGAGGUUGUAUUUGUGAGGCUGAAUACCGAAGUGGCCAGCGUGGUCGUCCAGCUCCUGAGCAUCCGUCGCUGUGGGCACUCUGAGCAGUAUUUCUUCUUGGAAGUCGGUAGGUCCACCGUCAUCGGUCCGGGGGAGCUCUGGAUGCAGGUCGAUGACUGUGUGGUGGCCCAAAACAUGCAUGAGCUCUUUUUGAAGAAGAUGAGAGCCUUAUGUGCAGACGAAUACCGCGCCCGCUGCCGAAGCUACAGCAUCAGCAUCGGGGCCCACCUGUUAACCCUGCUGUCCACUAGGAGGCACCUGGACAUGCUGCCGCUGGAGCCCGGCGGCUGGCUCAGAAGGUCCCGCUUUGAGCAGUUUUGCCACCUCAAGGCCAUCGGUGACGGGGAGGACGAGAUGCUCCUUACCAGGCACUCCGUACCACCCAGAGAGCCUGUUCCCCACUCCAGGAGAGGAAGACUGCACCUGCCCAGAGAGCGCAGGUCCAGGAGAGCGAUUUCAGUGCCAGCCAGCUUUUUCCGACGCCUAGCACCCAGCCCAGUGCAUGCUCAGCAGCCUGCAGAAACCCCCAGCAACAGAGCUUGCGGGUUUUCUGAAGCAUCUAGUUCCGGUUCUGGCAACUCUGCAGAAGAAGGCAACUGUCAAGGCCAGGAGGGUCAGGAAGGAAGCCCAGGUGACUACAUGCCCAUGAACAAUUGGGGCUCAGGAAAUGGCUGGGGCUCAGGAGGUGGCCAGGGCUCAAGUGGCCAAGGCUCCAGUAGCCAGAGCUCAGGAGGAAACCAGUGCUCAGGCACAGGGAAGGGCUUCCGAGGUGGCCACGGCUCCAGUGGUGGCCAGGGUUCAAGCAGCCAGGGCUCAGGGGCCGAGGGUGCAGGAGGACACCAGUGUUCAGGAGAUGGCCAGGGCCCUGCAGGUGGGCAUGGUUCAGGCAGUGGCCAGGGAGCUAGUGGUGGGCACGGCUCAGGUAGUGGCCAAGGACCAGGAGAUGGCCAUAGCUCAGGUGGUGGUAAGAACUCUGGAGGGAGCAAAGGCUCAGGAAGUGGGAAAGACUCUGAUCGCAAUGGUGAAAGGGCAAAAUCUCUGAAGAGAAGAUCCUACUUUGGCAAAUUAAUUCAAAGCAAACAACAGCAACUGCCACCACCUCCACCACCUCCACCUCCACCAGCACCAGCUGGAGCAACUGGUGGAAAAGGGAAGUCUGGGGGAAGAUUCCGGCUUUAUUUUUGUGCUGACAGAGCAGCCACAAAAGAGCACAAAGAAGCCAAAGAAGUCAAAGAUGCAGAGACCCUGGAAGGUGCAGCUUGGGGUCCCCAAAGAGCUUUUGAUGAAGACGAGGAUGACCCAUACAUGCCAAUGAGACCAGGGGUGGCUGCCCCUCUGGAAAGCUCCAGUGAUUAUAUGCCAAUGGCUCCUCAAAAUGUUUCUGCUUCAAUAAAGUGCCACUCUCGAUCCCCUUUUGAAGAUUCAAGAGGGUACAUGAUGAUGUUUCCUAGAGUAACCCCACCACCUGCCCCAGUUCCUCCAAAAGCAUCUGAUCCUGAUAAAAAGGAUGACUGUAAGGACAAUGACAGUGACAGUGAUUACAUGUUUAUGGCUCCUGGAGCCGGUGCAAUUCCAAAACCACCCCAAAAUCCUCAGGGAGGCUCUUCCUCCAAAAGUUGGAGCUCCUACUUCUCUCUGCCAAAUCCUUUUCGGAGCUACCCAUUGGGACAGAGUGACCACAGUGAGUAUGUACCAAUGUUAUCUGGAAAACUCCUGGGGAAGGGCCUAGACAAAGAAGCAGUGUCAAUCAGGGGACCCAAAUAUUCAGCUUCAACGCCUUCAGUUGAGGGCUUUGAAGCUGCCCUCCAGUCGUUCUCAAAGCCUGGAGAUGAGGAUUCACCUUCAAAGCCUUUAGAUGAUGGGUCCCCCAAGGACAAGGCUAAGAGACCUAACCGACAUUUUUUUAUUACAAAAGGAAAUAAAAUCGAGGCAAAACCCCAAAAGUCCACACAUGAACAGAAAGAGGCUGACAGCUCUAGUGACUACAUCAACUUUGACUUCACUAAAAGAAGUAGCAAUACACCAGCCCCCUUUAUUCAAGGACUGCCACAUUUGUCUGGCAUAAUUGCUAACCCCAGACAGUCACCCUUUUCUCAUUACAUGAAUAUUGAGUUCAGAGUGCCAUUUCGAAAUGCAGGAAACAUCCUCUCAAAUAUUUUAAGAGCUAUUCCAGGUGCCAACCGCUUCUUUCUGGACGGUGCUAGGUGGCCACUUCUGCCUCUUCUUACCUGUGCUACAGGUAGCAAUGCUCAUGAGGAAGGGUGUGAGUACAUUGAAGUGAUGUUCAACCCAGCAAUGACACCAGCCUUGUCUUUUGGUGACCGUGCCAUUCGCUAUGAUGCUGAAACAGGUCGAAUCUAUGUGGUCGACCCAUUUUCUGAGUGCUGUAUGAACACUUCUCUCUACCCCAGCCACUGCUCCGAACCACCACCUGUAGCUAGGCUGCUGCAGGAAGAAGAACUGGAGAGAAGACGCCCACAAAGCUUUUCGCAAAGUAUCUUUGAAUCCGCCAGAGCUGCUGUCUCGGCUUUCCCAACCGACAGCCUGGAGAGAGACCUCUCUGCCUCCUUAGGCUCUGCCGCAGCGGUGGUCCCAGCGCCCACCUUACCCGUGGGUCCGGCUCUAGCCGCCGCCUCCACCCUCCCCGCGACCCCCGGCAUGGGCGCAGCCGCCUUGGGCUUCGAGGCUGCCCCUGGAUUUAACUCUGCCUCCGUCCGCUGGUUCCAACCUGUAGCUAAUGCUGCUGGUGCCGAAGCGGUAAGGGGUGCCCGGGUCGAUGCUGGUGGUUCGAACCCUAGAUCCAGAAACCCAUCUGCAGACCUUGCCAGAGAUGAGAACGGGGCUAACAGGGCUGCUUUUGCAGCUGCCGCUCCCCCACUACCACCUCGCCACUGGUUGCCGAGACUCCCCGCGCGAGAAGAUUCUGACGAAGAUGACCCGUACGUGAGAAUGGACUUUGCCAGACCUGAGGACAAGAAGUUCGACUCUCCCCCAAAAGAGUGAUAACAUCACCACAAAAACACAUUUUAGAAGAAAAGUGAUGUUUAUGGAGUUUCAUCUUUGUCUACUCCAGAUCUGCCUAAAAGAAAGAAAAUUCAGAGGCUUCUGAAUAGAAAGCAACCUGAAUUUCUAAAAGCCUACAAGUGGAUGCUGGCAGUUGAAUGAUCAUAACACAGAUAAUUCUUACUGCUGCAGUAUGGAUCCAGUGAUUUUUGAAUUUUUGUACUUUGUUUUUGUUUUCUGGUUUCCUUCCCCAAUCUGUCUCUUUUAAAGGAAACGAAUACUGUAAGAGUAAACAUCUUACAACUCUUUCCCCCUCUUUACAAAAACAUUAUUUACAUAUGUAUACAUGUGGCCAAUAUCAAUUUUACUGAUGUAUAAUGCUUAGAUUUAGUUUUGAAGUUGAACAUUUUUUAAAUGAGAGCAGAUAAAGAAAAGUUGUGUUCAUAAAAUGGUAGGUAUGAUCUGGAUUUUUUUUUUCUUUCUACGUAGUAC